AGGGAGGCGAAAAGGGCGGGGCCUCGACUGGCUUGUCUUCCGGCUGAUUGGCCGGCCAGGUGCGGGGGCGGAGCAGGUGACCGGCCACGAGCGAUCGCGAAGCAAGUGGGUCUCCCCUUUUUCCUGGCCGGUGGCCGGGCAGAGCCGCGUCAUGAAGAGGCAGCCGACGGGGCGGGGGACGGAACCGAGAGCCGGCCGGGUCCUGACCAAGGCGGCCGAGUACGUGGGUUCUUUCGCCGUGGAAGAUGCCGAUCUGCCCCGGGCGGGCCAAGCCGUCCAUCAGCGGCUGCAGCUCCUGAAGGACUGUCCGCGGCGGCGCUCCGUCCUCCUGCGCUUCUGCCUGCAGGGCCUGAAGAUGCUCGGAUGCGACGGCGAGGUAGGGCGGGCUCCGCUCAUGGCCCACGCCCUCAAGCGCCUCGCCUACAGCACCUGCCGGCCGGCCGAUCGCCAGUUCGCCUUCCUGGCCCGCAACCCGCGGGGUGCUCGCGGCAGCCUCUUCUGCCACCUCUUCGUGGGCGGCCAUCCUGCCGAGGUCCAGGCGCUGCACUACCUCCUCUGCCGCUUCUUCCAGUUGGGCUACCUUCUCCUUCACCCCGAAGAACAAGACUGCUCCUUUUCUGGUGGCUUUGCCCAGCGAGACUCCGGGAAGCUCCUGGGCGCCUCUCUGGACAGCCAGGUGGUCUGGGAGUCCCUCAAUCCUGAGGAGGUCUCCCAGAACGUCAACGCCCUGGUGUCCUUCCGGAGGCUGCCCUGCCCCACAGAAUUCGGGACCUCGGUUAGCGUGAGAGAGAGACUGGACUUGGAGGAAAGCAGUAGUAGCAGCAGCAGCAUGGGGAGUGCCCGUCCUGGAAACCCGUAUUGUUCCCCAAUUCUGGUGCGCAAGAAGGCCAUCCGCAGCAAGAUCCUUCGUUCCGGGGCCUACCGAGGUUGUACCUUUGAGGCGGCCUCUCAGCAGGGCGCCUGGGAAGGAUUUUCCUCCAGCUGCGAUGGCAAAGGGAGCCUGCUUCACCUGCCAGAAAACGAGAACGAUCUGAGAGAGAGCGUGUGGUCCUUUGCGGGCAUCAACAGAGAUGCCGGCCUGGCCCUGCUAAGGAAUGACAUGCUGGGGGCUUUUCUUCUGUGGGCUGAGUCAGGAUCUACCCAUCAGUGGUGCCUGGCAGUGAGGACCCGCUGCGGCGUCAUUCCAUAUCAAAUUUACCGCAGCCAGCUGGGAAAGUACUCGGUUGAGCAUUUGAAUAUAGAAUUCCCCAGUAUGGAAGCCUUGUUAGACAAUUACUCCGGGGUUCGUGCAGGCCUCUUCUGCUCAUUGGAUGCAGGAAGAAUCAACCAUUGUUACGAGGAGCAAGACGAGCCGGGCGAAGAUCUCUGGGGAGAAGAGCGAACUCGCCGGAAGUCCUCAUGGCUGUUUGGGGCCAGUCGGUCUCUGGCUGUGCAGCACGAGGUGGAGGGAUGCUCAGCCGGGUCCUUCUCUUAGUGUUCGUGCCAUCCGAAGAGGACAGAGACCCUGGAUGACCCUUCCUGCUCACUCCUGUGGCUUGGCUUUGUUGUGGUUCUUUUUGGGUUGUGCGCGGAGGGUGCCUCUUCGUCUCGUCGUGUCGUAAUUCAGGGUUUCUUCCUGCUGGAGUCAGAGGGUGAUGCACGAGUUGGGUGGGACCCUAACCCUAACCCCCCCUCCCACCCGAUCUAGGGAGUGCCAUGGGGCACAUAUUGACCAAUCGGUUGGGGGGGGUCAGCUGAGCCUCCCUGCCUUUGCACUCCUGGUCAAUUCUUCUCCAGUAUGUGUGGGGGUGGGGUGGGUGGGAACGAAGGCCUUUGAUCAGGAGCCUGGAUUUCUGCGUGGUCUUUAUAGUGAUGCCCCCUUAUUUAUAGGAAGCUGGAUGUGCCUGUUUUGUGAGUAAUUUAUUGGGAACAGUGUAUUGCUUUCUCCUGGGCAGCUGCGUUCAGUGGUGAAGGUGCAUUGUUUAUAUUUAACAGAUGCAAACCCGUUUGUACAGGGAUUUCCUGCAAUCAUAUAUAUAUAUAUAUAAAAAUAGAUAUAUAUUUGUAUUUCAAA